AUGUCUGCAUCCAUAAAAUCAAGCCCGUCACCUCCUGUCUUACCGAAACCAGAGGGCCGAAGGAUAAAGUCAAGUCAUUCUCUUGUAUCGCCUGUGGAAGAUCAUGACAGAGCCCUUUUAGAACUCCCUGAGCUGAAAGAGAAACAGGUGCCAGUGACAGAUCGAUCAAAGAUGCAGCUUGUCCCGAUGCAGAAUGACUUGAUCCCAGAUGAGCUCCUGGCCACCCUCACCUCAACCAUCUGUCCCCAUGAUAGGCUGGGACCCCCAAAGCUAACCAAGACCCCCAAAGACUUCAAGGUCUAUGGAAUACGACACACGGACGCGGUUUGGCAUCACCCAGUUGGACGCAAGAAAUACAAAUACUUUCUCGACCAACCGACGUCAUUGACUGGAGCGGGCAGGGACAUCUCCUUUUUGUGUGAUUCCAUGGCCUCUCAGAGGGAAAGGAUUCCCCUGCCACCCAUGGCUGACAGGGGCACCACCCACACACAGGGCAUUCAGAAGGACAUGAGCCUUAUGGAGAGCCUCAUCCCAGAGGAAUAUCACAUUGUGAAAAACAAAGGGGUUCAAGGACUGGAGUGCUAUGACGAUAAAUUCACAGUACUGUUGGAGGAUGACGAAAGGAUGCUCAAAGUCUUUCCAUCAAUGAGGCCCAGUGGGCGGCUGGAGGCAGUGCAGCUGAUGAAGGUGAUGGAUGAGAUGUUGGACAGAGCAGGGGUCAACCAGGAGUACAGAGCACUGACUGGACUGUCACAGAUGCAAGGCCUUCUAGAGCUGGUGCGUGUGGAACAGAACAUCUACAACAUAGUGUUCCAUGAGCUGAUCAGACAGGUCAGUGUGGAGUGUGCAGAAAGAGGACAGCUCCUAGCUAAGCUCAGACAGAGGUAUGUGGCUCUGUUGGACCGUAUCCCCAGGCAGCUGAAGGGUCUGCACACAGAGACACUGGCCCAGAGAGCUCUGGACCGCAGGCUCACAGAGGAGAUCAUCUGCUUCAGGAGCUCCAUCUCUAAGCUCAACACAGAGCUGUGUAAGAUGAGGGAGCAUGACGAGUAUGUGUCCAAGCAGGCUGAGAGAGCACAGGAGGAGCUGGCCAAGGCUCUGGAACAAUCACAGAAGAACUCUGAUGUGGUGGGAGAGUACCAUGGCCUGUAUGAGAUGCAGAGGAAGAGAUUGGAGGGACAGGUGGCCAGACUGACGGACGAGAGAGACUUGUGGAGCAGAGUCACUUACAACCUGGCCCUCAAGGUGAUCAAGUUGAACAACCUCCAGCUGGCCAGCAGGCUUCACGUCAGUGAGCAGACCUGGACCAAGACUGCUGAGCACUUUACACUCUUCCUGACCUCCAAGGACACAGAAGACCUGAACCAUAUCAUGCAGCUGACAGAGCAGUGGAAGGAGCAGCUGACGUCCUUUAUGCAGAGUCUGAGAGAGGCUGAGCACGGUCACUGUGAGGGGAUAAGUAGCAUACAGGCUGACAUCGUCAAAUGGCACACGUUCGUUGGCGCCAACAUCAGGAGCCCGGAUCCGAAAUUUCAGAAAGUUUCAGAAGAACAGCUUUAUUCAGAUUUGAAACAGUGGUCUAAUGCGUUGACCAUUCAGUGUGAGCGCUACGGGGGCGAAGACCUCCUCUCAUGCCAGGAGACCCUCAACAUGCUGGGCCAGCUGCAGGAGGCCUGGGAGGAGGUGGGCCUCCGGCUCUUCAGGAGACACCCGGCCCCAGACGGCGAGCCCCCCAGGGGCCAGGAGGCCAUGAGGGAGCUGGGCCUGGCCGUGUCGGAGCUCCACAAGCAGCUGGGCACGCGCAUCAACGGCGAGAGUGGAAUCCACAAGCAACUGAUGAGUCUGGUCGGGGUGAUGGAAUUCUGGGCCACACGACUGAAGGCCCUUGUUGGCCGCACCGAGAGGCUGCCCCACUGUGAUUGGCUGAAGCUGGAGAAGGCCCUGGGUAGCUGGAUGUUGUUGGCGGAGGAGUCCUUGAAGCACGUCCACAGCACCCAGCCUGAGAAUGAGAGGGUCAAGCACAAACCACACGUCCAGAUCGAGAUCAAUGAUGUCUUCAAUACUCUCCGGGAGUUCAUCUUGACCCAAGCCAACUUCUUUGACUGUGAGAACCGAAGGCUCUGUGAUGAGGUGAACUCCAUCCACACGGCUCUGACUCGCUGGAUGGUGGACAUGCUCCUCCAGAUGGUCCCAGACCACUGUGGCGACCAGGAGCAAGACGCCCUGCCUGGGAUCAACACCACCGCCAUCAUGGAGGUCUCCCUGGAGCAACUAGAAGAAGACGCCAAGAACCUCUCAGAGAAACUGGACUACUUCUCCAAAUAUAUCACCAGCUCUUGUCGGGCCAUUGUGGAGGAGGAGAUUCAGAGGAGCAUGGCUCGGGAUGACUCAGAGAAUGAGCUUUCUGAGCUCAGUAAACUGCAGAGGGAAUGUGGCGAGUGGAUGGAGUCCUGUCGGAUCCUGCUGUCCGACAAGAAGGGCAGUCCUGUGGAGCUGCUUGUCACACUGAAUUUGGUCCAUCGUUCUUUCACGGAACUCCUUCCCUCUGCAAUGCCCAGCAUGAAAUCUCUGAUGAACCUACCGGCAGUUGUUCCACUAGAAGCAGCUUUGGAUGAAGAAGAGGAGCCGAACAAGAAGAGUCCAAUGGAAUUCAUUGAGGUCGUACACAUGGUGGAGGCAGAGUACCCAGAAGAGGCCCUGGAGUGCUCACUGGCCGGCUCUAUUAUGAAGCUGAUAGGCCAUGAUGGUAACAUCAUUGAGCGAACCCUGGGGGAGGAUACUAUUCAGCUGGAUGGGACUGAAGACAUGGUUGCCCGUCCCCACACACCUAACGGUCAGAGAGCCUUUGAUGCCCUGGCCACAGUAGGGGUUCUGCAGCACGAGUUACUUGGGGUUGAGGCUCGUGUCCAGCGAGCAGAGGAGCGGGCCCUAAAGGCAGAGGAGGCCCUCCAGGCUGCGCUGGAGAAGAUCCAAGAUCUGGAGAACAGCAUUUUGAAACGCAGGCCAUUCCAGUCUGGAGUGAGCAAGCAGUCUGUGGCAGCGUCUCCCAAGUCAAAGGUGUCCAGCCCUGAACCCAAACCAGUGAGUCAGAAGCCUGAGCCUAGCCCCAGACAAGCCAAGCCCAAGAAACGCUGAACCCUGAAAACAGUACUGUAGCUUCAGAUGUAAUGUGAAACUCUGCUCCUCUGAGGAUCCAACGACUUUGUAUUUGACAAACGAAUAAACGCAAAGUGAUGUCUAAGUAUUGUAUGACUCGGCGUUCAACAAUGUUUAAUCAGUUGCCUUUUUUUGGGUUGUUCUGUAAUUUGCAUGCUAUUUGUUAAGCAAUCAUGUCCUUACAACAAGGUUAUGUGACAUUUGGUUCCCUCUAUAGUCAUGUUUAUACUAUAUGGUUCUAUAGUCAUGUUUAUACUAUAUGGUUCCCUCUAUAGUCAUGUUUAUACUAUAUGGUUACCUCUAGUCAUGUUUAUACUAUAUGGUUCCCUCUAGUCAUGUUUAUACUAUAUGGUUCUAUAGUCAUGUUUAUACUAUAUGGUUCCCUCUAUAGUCAUGUUUAUACUAUAUGGUUCCUUUUCAAUAAUUAUAAUAAUAAUAUUUAUUUAUUAUGGACCCUAUUUACCCUCAUAUUACCCUGUCUGAUUUAGCUGGUUUGCAGUGUGUCGUCAUCAGUAUACAAUUAAAACAUAU